UUGAAACUUUAAAAUAUCUAAUCCGUAAAUACUAGUAAUUUUAAAACCGUGAAGCCUCAAAAUUGAAAGGUUGAAACUUGAAAUUUAGUCAAGGACUCAAGGACCUCAAGGUUGUUCUUACCAUUUUUUUAGAUAAAAGUCAUAAAACAAAAACAAAAAUUAACACGUCAAAGAAGUAAAGAGGGACAGAUUGGCGGUCAGACCACCAAAACAUCAAAUUUCGAAAAUAUUCCCGCUCUUCUCUCCUCCCGCCACCCUACUCAAAACCACUUAAAACACUGCAAAAUUCCCAAUUCUCCAACUUUUUUCUCUCCUCUCUUUCUUCAUCUCUCUUCUCUUCUCUCUAAACCUCAAUAACAAUGGAGAUCUAUAAUUCCUACUCAAUCCUACAUGAUAUUAAAUCAAGAGAGCUUCAUGGGUUCAAAGGAAGAAAACGACCAUUAUUUGUUUAUAAUACCUCAUUAGAUGAUCGAAGCGAUGAACCCAGCUGUAGCAGAGGUGUAGAGAGCUCACAUGAUGGCGUUCCUACUCCGCCGAUGUCGGUCUCAUUUGCUAAGACAAUUAGGAAUGCCCAUAUUCUGGGUGUUACAGAUGAAGAAGGUUAUGUGAACUUAAUCAAUACUCGUUUGAAGCUUAAACCUUCAGCAACCCACCAAGAAAAUGCAGAGAAAGCGAUUGUUUCGAGCUGGGUUGCUCAUGAUAAUUCUGUUUAUGAUAUCUGCUGGACUAAGGAUGACACUAGAGUUCUGACAGCUUCAGCUGACCAUACUAUCAAGUUAUGGGAUGUUGAGCAAAAGAAAUGUUAUGGAAUGUUAAGAGGCCAUGUAGGCAGUGUUAAAUCUGUCUCUUGCCAUCCUACAAAUUCUGAUCUUGUUGUAUCUGGAUCAAGAGAUGGAUCCUUUGCGCUAUGGGACUUGAGGUGUAACCCUUGCCAAGGGAGAGACGGUAUAAUGUCAACUGAACAGGUUACUGGGGCUCAUACCUCUGCUAAACGUAAGCGGUUCAUAAAAAGUAAGGCAGCUUCAAUGACUGUAACAUCAGUUCUUUAUCUCAGAGAUGGAGUCUCAAUUGCCACAGCAGGGGCAGUAGACAGUGUUGUAAAGUUCUGGGACACAAGAAAUCUUCGAGUUCCAGCUGCUCAAGCUAGUCCACUUCAUGAGUCCAUGACAAACACGAAUGGGAGACAACAUGGCAUAACUAGCCUAUCCCAAGAUCUUAACGGAGUGCUGCUUUCUGCAUCUUGUACAGAUAAUAGAAUAUAUUUGUAUAAUGUUCUCCAACCAGAAAAAGGUCCUAUCAGCUCCUUCACAGGCUGCCAAAUAGGAUCAUUUUUUAUAAAGUCAAGCAUCAGUCCAGAUGCAUCUCACAUACUGAGUGGAUCUGGAGACGGAAAUGCCUACAUUUGGCAGGUAGAUGAUCCUCAUCAAGAUCCCAUUUCAUUGACAAGCCAUGAAAAAGAAGUCACUGCAGUCGAUUGGUGCCUACAAGAACCAGGGAAGAUUGCCACGGCUUCAGAUGACUUCACAGUUUGCUUUUGGAAUGUACAAAAUAGAAAUUAUCUGUCACCUAGAACAACUGCUGUUCGGAGGAGAGUGAUGGCAGUAUCUAAAACUGACUGCCAUGAGGCUUCUCUGCAGAAGGAAAGCCCGUGUAGAACAAGUCAUAAAGAAGUAAUACAAGAUCAAAGCAUAGUCGAGUUUAAGACUCCAGAAACCAUACCCAACAAGCUCCUUAGAGAUGGAUUACUUCCAGGAGUUAACUUGAAUGAAGCCUUUGAUAAAACUCCUGAAUCUGCAUCGAGGAGCCCUUCUUCUGUUUUAAGUCCUCCAUCUUCCUUGAAAAAAAGAACAAUCCGAGAUUACUUUGUCGUGUGUUAAGCAACUGUUUGUACUUUGUAGAAAUGUACAGGUCUUUCUUCAUAUGUUUAAUAUACUCCUUGCUGAUUCUUACACCAUCCACAGACCAUUAGCUGUUUUCCCCACCUUUUUUCUCAAAUUUUUUGUAUUUUAAAGCUUGAUGGUACUGUUCUUGGAUGAUCUUCAUUCUUAAGGAAAAAUGAUACAAGUGUAGCCGUGUAGCUGUUUCUUUCACAUGUUAUAUACAAGCAGACUAUUCUAAUAAA